AAGACUUAUAAAGAAAAAGACGAGACUUUUACACACACACCAGACCUAAACAAACACUCUUUGUAUCUCUCUCGCCGGAUCGGAAAAGAUGGAUGCGACGAAGCUUAGUGAGCUCAAGGUCUUCAUCGAUCAAUGCAAGUCUGACCCUUCCCUUCUCUCUACUCCUUCACUCUCCUUCUUCCGCGACUAUCUCGAGAGUCUUGGUGCUAAGAUACCUACUGGUGCUCAUCAUCAAGAGGACAAAGACACUAAAGCGAAGAGUUUCGUAGUGGAAGAAGAGAGUGAUGAUGACAUGGAAGAAACUGAAGAACCGAAACCGAAAGUGGAGGAAGUAGAAGAAGAGGAUGAGAUUGUUGAAUCUGAUGUAGAGCUUGAAGGAGACACUGUUGAACCUGAUAAUGAUCCUCCUCAAAAGAUGGGGGAUUCAUCAGUGGAGGUGACUGAUGAGAAUCGUGAAGCUGCUCAAGAAGCUAAGGGCAAAGCCAUGGAGGCCCUUUCUGAAGGAAAUUUUGAUGAAGCAAUUGAGCAUUUAACUCAGGCAAUUACUUUGAAUCCGACUUCAGCUAUUAUGUAUGGGAACAGGGCUAGUGUCUACAUUAAGUUAAAGAAGCCAAACGCUGCUAUUCGAGAUGCAAAUGCUGCACUGGAGAUUAAUCCUGAUUCUGCUAAAGGAUACAAAUCACGGGGGAUGGCUCGUGCCAUGCUUGGAGAAUGGGCCGAGGCUGCAAAAGACCUUCACCUUGCUUCUACGAUAGACUAUGAUGAGGAAAUUAGUGCUGUGCUCAAGAAGGUUGAACCUAAUGCUCAUAAGCUCGAGGAACACCGUAGAAAGUAUGACAGACUACGUAAGGAAAGAGAGGACAAAAAGGCUGAGCGUGAUAGGCUACGCCGCCGCGCUGAAGCACAGGCUGCCUAUGAUAAAGCUAAGAAAGAAGAACAGUCAUCAUCAAGCAGACCAUCAGGAGGCGGUUUCCCAGGAGGUAUGCCUGGUGGAUUCCCAGGAGGUAUGGGUGGUAUGCCCGGGGGAUUCCCAGGAGGUAUGGGUGGUAUGCCCGGGGGAUUCCCAGGAGGUAUGCCGGGAGGAAUGGGCGGUAUGCCUGCAGGAAUGGGCGGCAUGCCAGGAAUGCCAGGAAUGGGUGGUAUGCCAGGAAUGGGUGGUAUGCCGGGAAUGGGUGGUGGCGGUAUGCCAGGAAUGGGUGGUGGCGGUAUGCCAGGAAUGGGGGGUGGCGGUAUGCCAGGUGCAGGCGGUGGUGGUAUGCCCGGUGGUAUGGACUUCAGCAAAAUAUUGAACGAUCCUGAGCUGAUGACUGCGUUUAGCGACCCAGAAGUCAUGGCUGCUCUUCAAGAUGUGAUGAAGAACCCUGCAAAUCUAGCGAAGCAUCAGGCGAAUCCGAAGGUUGCUCCGGUGAUUGCAAAGAUGAUGGGCAAAUUUGGAGGAGGAGCCAAGUAAACAAAAUAACAAGUUUCUUCUCUUUGCCAUUUCUGUGUUUAAUUGCUUGAGAGAUGAUGAGAGAGAUAUGUUGAGAUUUUUUUUUUCGUUUUAUGUUUUCGUUGCAGAGGAACUUGAACAGAAGCUAAACUCUUUUCUCUUAGUAAUUUACAUCUUUUUUUUCACUUCC